GAGAAGGGCUCGGGGUGACGCCCACCGCAGCUCCUCCCCACCGACGGCAGCCCCGCGCUCGCCCGGCGGAGCCCCUGCUCGCUCGCUCGCUCGCUCUCCCCCGCCCCUCGAGAUGCGCUUCAGCAGCCCCCCCUCCCCGCGCCAAGUGGCGGGGAGUCCCCCUGGCUCAGCCCCUCCCGCUUCAUCGCCUGUGACUGCUCAGCCUCCCCCGCCCUGGGAAAGCGGAACUGGCCGACCGGCCCCGGCCCCAAAAGUGCUGAUGGGGCACUUUCCCCCUUUCUCAGUCUCGCCUCCGGGGACGAUAGCGAGGGAGCCCGGCGGAACCUCGCCCAGGCUUCCCUUUGUGACAAGAGAUGGCUCCACUGCUAGCGAACGGCAGCUUAGACGAAAACAGUGAGCCUUUCCCGCUGCCUUCCACCUCAGUCGGCUCCCUGGCCAUUUUCUCCAUCACCUUCCUCUUGGGCUUCCCCGGAAAUGGCCUGGUCAUCUGGGCGAUUGCCCUGAAGAUGAAGCGAACGGUGAACACGGUUUGGUUCCUGCACCUGGCGAUCGCCGACUUUGUCUGCUGCCUCUCCUUGCCGUUCUCCAUCGGUCAGCUGGCCCUCCACGAGCGCUGGCCCUUUGGCCGGCUUCUCUGCAAGGUUCUCCCCUCGGCCGUUAUUUUCAACAUGUUUGCCAGCGUCUUCCUCCUCACCGCCAUCAGCAUUGACCGGUGCCUCCUGGUGACCAAACCCGUCUGGUGUCAGAAUCACCGGACGGUCAGGCUUGCGUCCGCAGUCUGCGGUGUCAUCUGGAUCCUUGCCUUCCUUUUGUGCUGCCCUUCCUUCUUCUACCGGGAGACCCUGAAAGAUGAAUUUGGCAAUACCAGGUGCAUGAACAACUGGCAAACGGAGAGACAUGAGGACUACCAGUGGUUGGAUGAUCUGUGGGACGUAGAAGACCCCACCCUUUUGGCCACCGAAAGCACCUACGACCGUGCCUCCCCAGGUGGGAACCUGGAUCCACACCCUUCCUACCCCACUGUAAACACAACCCAGAGAAUCACCGUGACGCCUUUGGGCGUAUCGCACCAUUCUAGAACCAAGACAGAGGCAGAUUUCAUGAGGAGGCCGGUUACUGUUGCUCCUUCCAUUCUGCACGAGUUUCCCGGGGUCCAUCCGAGUUUACCCACAGCCAGCACUUCCCAGUUCAAGGACCAACCGGCCGAUUAUUUCCCUGACGCCCAACCGCCCAGCGUCUUUGUGUCCAUCACCCUCACCAGAGCUGUGCUUGGCUUCCUGCUGCCUUUUGCGGUCAUGGCCGCUUGCUACGCUCUGAUUGCCCGAAAGAUGCUCUCAAAGCUCUUUGUGGGGCCUCGCCGGAGGGCCCUGCAGCUGAUCCUGCUGGUGGUGGCCACUUUCUUCCUCUGCUGGGCUCCCUUCCACGUCACUGGCCUGCUUUUCCUCCUGGCUGCCCCCCAAACCUCACUUCACCAGGCCCUGCUGUGGUGGGACAGCGUGUCCGUUGCCCUGGCUUAUGCCAACAGCUGCAUCAACCCUCUUCUCUACGUCUUCGUGGGGCAACAUUUCAGGAGGAAGGUCUGCCAGACGGUGCAGGAGAUGUUUGAGGGGGCCUUUGCGGAGCCCUCCUCGGCAGUCUGUUCCCGGGACAAAAGGCAGACGACCACGGUUGACGAGGUGGAUGUUUCUGUUUCGGUUCUCUAACACGGGCCAAAGUUUCGGGGAAGUCUCUAGUGAAGCAAGAAAAGGGAGGCUAGCUUGGCUUACAGUCUGCGCUUCUUCCACUAGCCCUUUGCGCUUGUUUUACCUGCGUUACUUUAAGCGGCUUAUACUUCCAGCCUGCCAGCGACGAGUGUUUUUAAAGUAUUUUUUAAGAUGUCUUUAAAAAAAGAUGAGCAAAUGCUCACCAAGAAGAUACCAGAAACUGAGGAUGGGAGGAAGGGGCUGUGGCCAAAAGCUCUCUCCUUUUGCCCCCCGCCCAAGGGGCCCCACCCUGCCAGCCGGCCCUCCUGUGGCAGUUGGGCUGGGAGCCUCCCACGAGAUGCACCUUCCCAGGGCUUGGCUCCCACUGAAGCAUCUCCCAGUCCCAACGGGCCCCCGCAGAGGCCAAGGCUGCUGGUGUGGAAGCUUCAGGGAUUCUUAGGAUGAGGAUUCAGCAGGGUGGA